AUGAGUUUAAACGGAGGUGAUCCACGUACAUAUAAAAAAAUUUCCAGUGAUAGAAAUACUACUGAUCAUCAACAAGGAGAAUUAUCAUCAAUGAAUAAUCUGAAUAUAAAUAAUACAAAUGAUUCUACUAAUCAAACGAAUUCUUCGACAUCAUACAAUAGUUCAUCAUCGAAUCUUUCAAAUGAAACAAAUCAAUCAAACGAUCAUGGAAGAUCAAUCUAA